AUGGAAGAGGUACUUUCGGAGGGUGUAGAUGCUUUAGCAGCAUGUGUCGAUGACAUGGCGAAAUGUUUAACCGUAUCUAAGGUCACUACAGAUAGAAGCACUAAACUUGCUAUAAAUAUGCUACAAACUAAGAGGGUAUUCCAGUUGGUAUCAGAAUAUGAUGUGCAGAGGGCCAGACUUGAUUUGAUGGAGGAUAUAGAACCAUUGUUACAAAAACUAUAUAGUAAACUGGAAAAAGCUCUAACCAAAUUGGAAAGGGAGCGGGCCACUCUAUCACAAACAUUCGAAUUGAAUAAACUACGAUUCAACAAUCAAGAAAGUAACCCCAUCAUAGAUAAUGUGAAAUCGGAUCCAGUUGUAAUAGUAUCCUCGACACAUGAAGAAUUGGAACGUCUCAAAGACUUAAAGAAUCGUAAAGAAGAACUGAUACAAAGAAUACAGGAAUUGCAUGAAGAGAGAUAA